CAGGAAUGCGGAGGGGCCUCCCGGGUCGGGUCGCCCCGCGCGCAGCCUCGGGGUUAAGAACCGCCCUUGGGAGGCGGCCCUCCUCCCGCUCAGGGACUUCCCGGUGGAGCGUGGGACCUGGCGACAGCGCUCGCGAUCUGCCUUCUCCGGGACCCCGAGCAAGAAGUAAGACCACGUCUCUCCUGGUCAGUCCCCCGCGGCGGUCCGGCUGGGUGCCCUCCUGGGAGGGAGGAGCCUCAAUGUACUCAGAGAUCCAGAGGGAGCGGGCAGACAUUGGGGGCCUAAUGGCCCGGCCAGAGUACAGAGAGUGGAACCCAGAGCUCAUCAAGCCCAAAAAGCUGUUGAACCCCGUGAAGGCCUCCCGGAGCCACCAGGAGCUGCACCGUGAGCUGCUCAUGAACCACAGAAGGGGCCUGGGCGUGGACAGUAAGCCAGAGCUGCAGCGUGUCCUGGAGCAUCGCCGCCGCAACCAGCUCAUCAAGAAGAAGAAGGAGGAGCUGGAGGCCAAGCGGCUUCAGUGCCCCUUUGAGCAGGAGCUGCUGAGACGGCAGCAGAGGCUGAACCAGCUGGAAAAACCACCAGAAAAGGAAGAGGAACAUGCCCCUGAGUUUAUCAAAGUCCGGGAAAACCUGCGGAGAAUCGCCACGCUGGGCAGUGAGGAGAGGGCGCUGUAGAGUGGCCGCUGGGCACGGCCCGCCCUGCGCUCCCUGGCCCAGGCUCCUCCAGCCCCCUGCACCUGGCUGCCCUGGGCUGUCCUCGGUGUUCACACCUGCUCCCGUAGAAAUGUGUCCCCCCAGGGGGCCUGGCUCACCCUGGGAAGCUGGGGACCCCGAGCUCCCACACUCUUCCUUCCGAGCGUCCAUGUCUCCUGCCCCAAGAGGAAUUCACUGCCAGGAAAACCUUCUCCAAGGGACCCCUCCCUGAUCCUGAGCCCUGCCCAGGAAACUACCCUGGCAGAAUUGGAAAAGAAGGACAGGUCCCCUCUGUGUCCUGCCAAGUCCUCCAUUCUGCCCAGGACUGUCCACCGGGAGACUCCAGGGCCCCAUGGGGCCCUGCCUCUCAGAGCAGCCCAGCUCCUAGGCCCAGAAAAUUCUGGCUGCGGUUUUACCUGAGGUCAGGUGAGGAGCCGAUAAGCAGAGCUUAGCCUGGGGAACGCCUGCUUUGGAAGCCACUGAGCAGAGAAAGGCUAAUCUGUCCACAAUGAGCGAGGUCCCCAGGAGGUCAGAUGGUGAGGGGGGGAAGGGUACUAACCCAGACAGCCUUUUAGGGUUUGCAGGCUCUGACCCAUGCCCUGCUUGUUCCUCCUCCACGGCCCACCCUACCUGGGCCUUGGAACCACACCUGGCAGGGAUACAGCAUUCCCGGUCCCAGUUUAGAAAAGCGCUUCGCAAAAUUUACUGUGCAUACUAAUCACUGGGGAUCUCCUUUAAACACAGCUGCUGGGACUGGGUGCAGUGGCACAUGCCUGUGAUCCCAGAGGCUCUGGAGGCUGAGGCAGGAGGAUUGCCAGCCUUAGCAGCUUAGCAAGGCCCUGAGCAACCCAGUGAGACCCUGUCUCAAAAUAAAAAAUAAAAAGGGCUGAGGAUGUGGCUCAGUGGUUAAAUACCCCUGGGUUCAAUUCCCAAUACCCACCCCACCAAAAAAAUUUUAAAAAACAGUUUCCGACUCCAUAGAUCUGGGCAGGGGCUUAGAUUCUACAUGGGUAACAAGCUCCCGUUGAGGCUGAGACUGCUGGUUUGAGGACCACCCUGAGCAAAACUGGAGGGUGCAGGGAGGUGCUCAGUGGUUCAGAUCAGAAACACCAUUCAACUCCCAUGAACCUCUGCCCUGGGGGUUCCCAAGGCCACCUCUGCAGCCCAAGGACUCUUGGUUCCUUAUCCAGCCCACCUGCAGGGACUCCUGGCCCGGGAAGACUUUGGUUUCACAAAUUCUGUUCGUCACAGUGACUGCUUUGUACACCAGAGCUGCGUAUUAUUGCCAACUGUGUGUUCCUUACCCUUUUGACCACACCAUUGCGCAAUUCUCACCAAAAAAAAAAAAAAAAAAACCAACAAUGUUACCUUCUCUACAACAAUGGGGAAAGCAAACAUACCGAGAUCUCCCCCAGGCUCCUCAAGGUACAAAAGGUAGCUUCAAGACCCCACUGCCACAUCUGUGGCCUGGCCUCCUCAGCCACCCUUUCCAGGCUGUCAUGUGAAGAGACCUCCCCCACCUGCAGCCCCUCCAGGAAGUUCCCCCACUCUCCUUCCCCGAGGAUCCCUUCCUGGAUGAGACCCAGAUAUUCUAACCUUUUUUUCCAUUGAAGUUUUAAAGACUUGGAGAACAAACCAGGCUUGUUUGUUUUCCCUUGAAGAAUAAAAUCCCUGCCUCGGGCUUUCUAAGCCCUUCAUUGGAGGUGACAGAGAUGGGUUAGAAAAUAAACCCUCUGGCUCCACAAGAGCUGCCCUUGGGCCACCCUCUGACAGCUUGAAGCCAAGGUGGACCUUCGGGAGGAAAGGGUUUAUCCUGGUCGGGUUUCUUUUAAGUCACACAUGACACCAGAGUGCAUUCUGACCUACCACACAUACAUGGAGUCUAGCUUCCCAUUCUUGUGGUUGGACGCGAUGUGGUGUUUCCCUGGUCGUGUGUUCAUAGAGGAACAUGGAAAGUUCAGUCCCAUUCACUCCACUGUCUUUCCAGUUCCCACCCACCAUCCCCCAUCCUGGUCUUAACCCUAACUGGGUGGCUUGAGGGUGACUGAGAUGCCGUCCUUCUCCUGUGGGUGGGCCGGCAUAGGGUGUAAGGAUAGGUACGCCACCUGUGUGUGCGCGCAGGUGCAUCAGCCAAGCUUUAAAAAUGUCCCUGAGCGUGACUGUCCUGAUAAGAAUGUGGCAAAGUUAUGCUAAGUGUCUGCUGGGUGAGACUGAAGAUGCAUGAUUCCUACACAAAGGCCACCAGUUCCCGGAAGAAGUCACCUUCAGGGGUCAGCAUGCCAUUCAAACAUGCAAACGAGAAGCAAGAUAGAGUGUUCCAGAUUGAGUAGGACCACCCAAGGGAGCGCCCGAGGUUCCACCCGGUGGUGCCUAGAGGUGCUUCUGGAAGAGGAAGCCCCGAAACAGAAGGAUCCUCAAGCACCGUGUCAUUCAGGAGAGCCCCAGCAGACACCCUCGGUGUACUCCCCACUGGUCAGUCCCAACUCCGUCUCUCUAUCGCCUUCCACCAAGGAGGCUAUAAUUCCAGAUUCUCACUGUUCUAGUCUUCUUUGCAGUUUGGGGUGACGCUGUGACCGAGUAUGGCUAAUGGCAUUUAAAUGGAAGUCUACAGGAGCUUCUGGGAAAGCUUACGCUUUUCUGAUCACAAGAGGCAUAGCGAAUUCCACGGCGCCCAGCUGGGUUCUCUUUUUCUAGACCUUUUCAUUUAGGCCCCGGGCACCAGUCUGAGAGCUGGAACUUGGACAUCACUAAUGCAGUAAAUAUUUGUUGAAUGCCCAUUCCGUGCCAGGAAGCAUACUAGGGGCACGCUGGGCACAGUGGAGAGAAAGUGCCUGUCCUUCACCUGGAUUAUGGCUCUCCCUGCUACAGCCUUUGCCUCUACUGCCUGUUCUCAACAGAGCAGCCAAAAUGACCCUGUUCAAUUUUAGGCAGAUCUUACCACUAUGCACAGAGCUGACCAUCAGGAUCCAGUCCUUCCUGCAAUCUCAAGGGUCCUAUGUGUCAGGCUCCUUCUUAACCUCUGACCUUCUUCCCCCAUUCUCCCCCUCACUCACGUAGCUCUGGCUGCCCUGGCCUCCCCACACUCUCCAGGUGCACCCCACCUCUGUGUCUUUUCCUGGGCCGGGAAGAUCCUUCCCCUUGGGAGCCACCGGGUCCACUCCCUUAUUUUCUUCAGGUUUUUUUGUUUUGGGGGUUUUUUUGGGGUUUUUUGUUUUGUUUUGUUUUGUUUUGGAUGCUUCUUUCUAAACAAGGCCCCAUGUAAAAUGUCAACAUUGCUGGAUGUGGUAGUGCACACCUGACCUGUAAUCCUAGUGACUCCGGAGGCUGAGGCAGGAGGAUCAUGAGUUCAAGGCCAGCCUCAGCAACUUACCAAAGCCCUAAGCCACUUAGAAAGACCCUGUCUCAAAACAAAAGUUAAAAGGUGUUAGGAUGUGGCUCAGUGGUUAAGAGUGCCCCUGGGUUCAAUCUCUGGUACAAAAAAAUAAAAAAUAAAAAUAAAAUGUCAACACCUACACACUUCCUAUUGAAGGAGUCAAAGACCUGUCAUUUCAAUAUGUCAAAUUGGCAUAGGAAACUGUAAUAAUUGAGCAACUAUAACUUCAGAAAGGGAUUCUUGUCUUUUUCUAUGUAAAGCCAUGAAGGUUCCCCUACCAAGGCAGGAAAAGGGCCUCAAUCAGCAGAGCCUGGUAGCUGGGGUUUCUGUGAACCUGCAUAAACACAUUGGUUGAAGUAACUGCCAUCUUCCACUGACUUAUGGGUCCCCAUUUAUAUCUUGGUGUCAGCCUGGAAUCACUACCCUCAUCCUGAAACCCACUUGUCCCGUUAUUCCUUUACAAAUGUAUUGUUCUUUGACUAAAAAAUGUAUAAAAGCAUCAUGCAUUCAUCAUUUCUCGGACUUCACACUUGUAAAGAUCCUCAUGUAAAUUUAAUAAAAUUAAAUCAACCAGC